AAGCAGUUUAAAAAACGUGUCACUGUUUUGGCGGUUUUUCAUGGGAUUUUAUUGGUUACGUUUCCAAUUUCCGUAGUUUCUUGGACCAUCUGAAAAUGGGAUUUCUCAGCACUUUCCUGGGAAUUCUUGGUUUUGGUAUUGGGAUUCUUUUUGGACUCUUGGUGGGGUUCUUCCUCUUCGUCUACUCUGAACCUAAAGAUGUGGAGGAUCCAGUUAUCAGGCCACUUCAUGAGUUAGAUUCAAGUACUUUGCAAGAAAUUCUUCCUGAAAUUCCUCUAUGGGUGAAGAACCCUGAUUAUGAUCGAGUAGACUGGUUAAAUAAGUUUAUCUCUUGUAUGUGGCCUUACCUUGAUAAGGCUAUUUGUAGUAUGACUAGGAGCAUGGCACAACCUAUAUUUGCCGAGUACAUUGGGAAACAUCAUAUUAAAGCGAUUGAGUUUAAGACUCUUAAUCUUGGAACUCUUCCUCCUGUAAUAUAUGGUCUUAAAGUGUUUGAGACAAAUGAGAAGGAACUGGUCAUGGAACCAGUAAUCAGAUGGGUUGGCAAUCCCAAUAUAGUUUUGGGAAUAAAACUAUUGUCUCUACAAAUUACAGUUCAGUUGGUGGAUUUACAAAUAUUUGCUGCACCACGGAUAGCUUUGAAACCUCUUGUCCCUACCUUUCCAUGUUUUGCAAGCAUUGUGGUAUCUUUGAUGGAGAAGCCUCAUGUAGAUUUUGGAAUGAAGAUAUUGGGAGGGGACAUUAUGUCCAUACCUGGCCUCUAUAGAUUUGUUCAGGAGACUAUUAAGAAACAAAUUGCAAUCCUCUAUCUCUGGCCCAAUACUCUUGAAAUUCCUGUUCUUGAUGCUUCAACAGUGGCAAUAAAGAAGCCUGUGGGGAUCCUACAUGUGAACGUUGUUCGAGCUCGUAAACUCUUGAAGAUGGACAUAGUGGGAUCGUCUGAUCCUUAUGUCAAACUCAGCCUGACUGGAGACAGCCUUCCUGCAAAGAAAACCACUAUCAAGAAGAAUAACUUGAAUCCUGAAUGGCAUGAGAAGUUCAAGCUUAUUGUGAAGGACCCCCAAACUCAAGUUCUUCGAUUAGAAGUCUUUGACUGGGACAAGGUUGGCGGACAUGACGUACUGGGAAUGCAGUUAGUUCCCCUGAAACUGCUUACACCCUAUGAGACAAAGGAAUUUAAGCUUGAAUUGCUCAAGAACACAAACAAUAAUAGUCCUCAAAACCAUAGGCGGAGGGGCCACAUUGAGUUGGAGCUGACUUUUGUUCCUUUUAGAGAAGACAGUGUUAAGUUUAGUGGGCCAUUGGAUGGAUAUGAGAGAAAGGAAAGUGGAGUUAAGAGGCCUGACAAUGAAGUAGAGGCUGGAGCAGGUUUACUUUCGGUUAUUGUCCAAGGAGCAGAGGAUGUAGAGGGGCAGCGCUACAAUAAUCCUUAUGCAUUGGUCCUCUUUAGAGGAGAAAGGAAGAAAACAAAGAUGAUAAGAGGAACUCGUGACCCUAUUUGGGAUGAAGAAUUCCAGUUCAUGCUGGAGGAGCCUCCUCUUCAUGAGAAGAUCCGUGUUGAGAUUAUGAGCAAGCGAAGAGGCAUAAGUUUUCUAUCAAAGGAAUCCUUGGGACAUGUGGAGAUUAACCUUAAUGAUGUUGUGCACAAUGGUCGCAUCAAUGAGAAGUACCAUCUAAUCAAUUCCAGGAAUGGUGUGGUACAUGUUGAGAUAGGGUGGAGGACAAUUUGAUACUCGGGACAUGAGCAUGAUGUGUUUUAACUGAUUGGCCUUGGUCUCAACUGAGUGUGAAAUUUUGCUACACCAUACAGGACUACUGUUGUCUGUUCUUUGUAACGGAAGUUCAUGCGUUUGGCACUAUGAUUUCGCAGUCUAAAGGUGUGAUUUUAAAUUAAAUUACAGAAAAUAUUGUUCGUUUGA